CGAUAUUACCACAUAAAAGAAGAAGAAGAAAAAAUUUUAGGUUAUGGUUAUGUUAUGUUUAGUGAUAUCUCAUUAGUUAUGUUUGUGAUUGAUCAAAAUCAUAAAAUCAAAUAACUGAUCACAAUACAGCACUGUGUUCAUUGAUAUUCAUAUUGGAAAUUUUUUGAAAAUUAUACAAAAUGGCUAAUUCUAUGGUAAAUUGCCAAUUAUGGAUGGGUAGUCUGGAAUCUUACAUGACAGAAACAUUUAUUCUUAAUGCUUUCCGGAAAAUGGGCGAGAAUCCUGUUAGCGUAAGAAUAAUUCGUAAAAAACUUACUGGAGAAUCGGCUGGAUACUGCUUUGUACAUUUUGCCUCUGAUGAAGAAGCUAUGGAUGCAAUGCACAAGCUUAAUUCUAAACCUAUUCCUAAUACACAUCCUAAGGUUCGAUUCAGGCUCAAUAAUGCGGGUAGAACCCUUAUUGAUAGAGAGUUUUCUGUGUGGGUUGGAGAUUUAAGUUCAGAUGUAGAUGAUUAUAACUUAUAUAGAAUAUUUUCUGGACAAUAUAAAACCAUCAAGACAGCAAAAGUUAUAUUAGAUGUCAGUGGAUUUAGUAAAGGAUAUGGGUUUGUAAAAUUUGGAAGUGAAGAGGAAAUGAAGCACAGCCUAAUAUAUAUGAAUGGUUUUAACGGACUUGGAACAAAACCUCUGAAAAUAUGUAAUGCUGUGCCUAAACCCAAGGGACUAUUCCUACCUGGUAUUCCAGGACCUUCAAACCAGAAUGACAGUAAUGAUUUCAGUCAGUAUUAUGAUCCAACAACAUAUUUUCAAAACUGUGCAUCUUGGCAGCCGGGGUCUGUUUAUGAUCAAUCAUCUGAACACCAAGCUGCAUGUGAGAAUUCAAAUAACUCUGAAAGAAAGGAGGAUGAUUUGGACUUGAUAGAACAUACCAUUCCUUUGGAUAUAGACAAAAUGAAUAGAGAGAAAAUGGACGCAGAUUGUAAUUUGUGGGAUGCUUUAGAGAGUUCCAAAUGGUUACCUUACGAAAUGUUAGAGGUUGCUUGAUAUAAAUGAUAUAACUUGGUCGUUAAAGAAAAAUAUCUCGAUGAAAAGUAAUUUAUGUACUUUGAAUUUUUGACUUGUACCUUUCGUAGAUACGUUUUUCUAUUAUUAUUAAAUCCGAUGCCCAUGUAGGUUAAAUAAUUUGGAGGGACUGAAAUAAAACGAAUCUUUUAACUAACGGUAAUUAGUGGUAUUGUUGAAUAUUAAACACAUAAAAUAAGCAGAAUAAAGGGUUUUGUGUUUGCGUUACAUUUUAGAGAUUUCGAACAAAUGUAUUGAUCCAUGAAUUUUAAUUGAUCUUCAAAUCUAAUUAGCUUAAACUGCUUGUUAGAUAUAUAUACAGCACACUGGAACAACUAAUAACUUAUAAAAUUUAAUUUUUAUGGUUAUAGUAUACAGAGGUAAUAAAAAUAUAGACAGUUUAGUAGUUCUCGUGAUGUUUGCUUAAAAAGUGCAUUUAGUGCAUGGGUCGACAAAAGUUUUUAACAUUCUUUACUGCAUCAAAGUGACAAACAGUGAAUAGUUUAAUGUUGAUGUAAUAUACGCUUACCCUAUACAAUAAAAUCAACAUAAUUCAUGUAACCUACAUCGGCACCAUGAAUUGACUUCAUAUUAAAACGACUACUUUUCUGAUGUAAGUGUAUAAUUUAUAAGAAUAUUUUGAUAGAUAAUGUAAUAUUGGUAUUUUAUGUAAUAAAAGUUCUUUCAUGCGAUUAAAA